AUGAGUUUUUCAGAAUAUAACAACCAGCUUGAUGCAUUCACCCUCUACCACAUCGUCCAGCAGGAGGAAGGAAAAGGUGCGAGCUACGAUGGUGGACCACUUCUGCCUGCACUUGGCCAUGCAUUGGCCGGAGGCGUGGCAUCUGCUCUAGCGAAGUCGGCGGUCUACCCGAUCGAUACCAUCGUCACGCGAAUGCAAGUUCAAAACCAUUUGAAGGGCGAGAGGGAGGCACCUUCUGCUGCGAGUGAUGCCGAUGCAGAAUAUGGCUCGCCACUGGACGCUGCGAGGAAGAUCUACAAGAACGAGGGCGGAUUGGCAGCAUUCUACACUGGAGUCGGGCCAGACGUUGUUAAGGGACUGAGCGACUCGUUUCUGUUCUUCCUGGCGUAUGCAGCCCUCCGCCAGGGCUUCCUCAAGAGGCAAGAGUCGAAGAGUCUGCCAGUGUUGAAGGAGUUGAGCGUUGGGGUACUUGCAGGAGCCUUCUCCAAGGCCAUCACGUCGCCCAUCCAGAACAUUGUCACGCGGCAGCAGACGGCAGCAUUGAUCGCCGCUCGGGACCCAGCGUCGUCAAGUUCAUCAGGAGAUCGCAGCAAGGCGAGUGUGCGGGACAUCGCCAAGCAGAUACACUCCGAGAAAGGUCUUUCAGGCUUCUGGGCUGGCUACAGUGCCCAGCUAAUCCUCACGCUCAACCCAGCAAUCACAUUCGCAGUAGAUAAUGUCCUGCGAAGCCUGGUGCCGAAGAAGCAGCGGGAAACCCGAAGCGCUCAGGUCACUUUCCUGGUGGCAGCACUGUCCAAAGUGGUAGCCACAGCCUUGACAUAUCCGGUCAUGUUGGCCAAAGCUCGAGCGCAAGCUUCGCAGGGCUACGAAUGGAUCGGCGAAUCACACAAAUACACUCCCUAUCCCGACAACAAGACCAAAGUGAAAGAGACUUUGCGUAGAGUACUCCGRAUCUUCGAGGGCCAGGUUGCGCUGUACUACUCUCUGCGCAAGAUCUACCGCACCGAAGGUGUCAAGGGCCUCUACUCUGGCAUCGAGGGAGAAGUUGUGAAGGGGUUCUUGCAGCACGGUUUGACCAUGAGCUUGAAGGACAAUGUCAUGGGCGGCAUUAUUCAAUUGUAUUACGUGCUGCUCAAGCUCACCAAGCGCUGGGAGGGAGAGUUGGAGAAGGUCCAACGCAAUGCUGGUGUAGUUGCGAAGGGAGUGGUGGAGAGUGCAAAGGAGGGUGCAAAGGAUGUGCAGCAGCGUGCAGAGAACAUUGGAACUUCGUUGGUGGAAGAGGCGAAGCAUUUGGGGAGCAAGGCGACUGGGGAGGAGAACUAA